UAUUCCUCGCUGUGUUAAGCGGCUUGUCACGUGACGCAGGGCUUGACUGAGAAAAGUAUAUGACAGUCCACAUGACUCGAGAUGACAGGGUUAAAAACAAAUUUUUCAGAUAACAUGGCAUCUGAAUUUUCAGCUGGACAAGAUGUCGAGCGCUGGCAUGGCUAUACAGUAUUUUUUGGUGCCAUUCUCUUUUUUCAAGUCUUAAAUCUCGCAGUAACCAAAAUCGGCAACCCCAAAUCAGUCCGGUCUGAUAUCGACCCAUGGCGUUGGAGGAAUCUAUUUAUUUCCUGGAUACACGCUGCAAUAGUUGGAACUUGGGAUAUUUUAUGUUUGGUGCUAUAUCCAGAGUUUAUGAAUGAUUUGAUAGCUUACAACAAUUUUUUUAUAUAUCUGAUGAUACCUUUUUCAACUGCUUACUUUGUGUAUGAUAGUAUAGAUAUGAUUGUGAAUAGGAAGAUUUUAAAUAACUGGGAGUUAAGUCUACAUCAUAUAGCUGUAAUCUCCAUGUUUUGGUACAACUUUCAUGCCAGGAUAUGUAUAGGCUACAAUGUCCUGGCAUUAAUGGCGGAAAUCAACAGUUUCUUUCUUCAUACUCGAAAACUUUUACAAAUGUGCCAAGUAGGUUUUGAUACAAGACUAUACAAAGGGGUAUCUUAUAUAAAUCUAGUAACAUUUCUAUUAUGUCGUAUGACCUCUGUUUCCCGUAUUUUUUAUGGAAUGUACGACGAAGGACACAGGGUGCCAUCAUUCUAUUUUGUUAUUCUGACAAUGUCAAUGAUUGUGAUGGCUGGUAUUAACAUUAUAUUAUUCUGGAGAUUAUUCCAAACGGACAUAUUACGGACACAAGACAAAGUUCUGAAGGAUAAAACCAUCACAGUUAAUGGGAACAACAAUAAGAACCACUUAAAAGUAGAUUAAUUUUAUUUAUGUUUUAUUAUAUGACUAAAUAUUUAAAGAACAUGUAGUACAAUAGAUGGAUUUCAAAGACAUCAAUUGAGUUAGAGUUGUCCCCCUUGGGCUAUAUUUUUGGGAAAACUUUUUUUGGUUAUUUGACUACACAUGACAAUACACACAAGUCUUGGGACAGAUACUUCCUAAAUCUUAGGGAUGAGUCAAACAAACUUAAAUGAAUUAUAAUAUGUUCAUAAAGCUUUUUCUAAAGUCUAUCAGUUGAUUCUUGCUGAUCUAUGAAGAACUUUUGGCAAUUACACCUCCAAUAUUGCGAAAAAAGGAAUCAACUCUUGCUCAAAUUAAGUGUAUCAAAAUCUAUCUAUCAUGUCUGUAGAAAGAAUUAUUAGAAUUCUUUAUAGUAAGAUAAUUGCAUUUUUUUUUAUUGUUCUCCUAUUGUAAUAUAAUGAUAGAUAUUGUAUCAGUUUAGAUUGCAGUGUGAUUUCUGUCAAUAUCCCAGAAUUUUGCAUUCCAUUGGGAACCACUUAUUAAUAGAAAUACCGGUAAUUGUUGGCAGCAUGUAAACAAAUAUACAGUAUAUUAAUAGCUAUGUCUAAGCAAAAAUAAGCAUAGAUUUCUUAAGGCAAAACAAUUUGGAUGUUUCUUGCCUCCCUACAUACCCUUAAUAUCAAUGCCUACCAAAAACUGUUUUUAUAGAUAUUUUUGGUUAAUCGUAUCAUUGCUAAACACAUUUCUCUAUUUAGUUUGUAAAAUAAUGAAAAUAAGAUUGAUAUAUUUACCUACUGCCCUACUUUUUUUAAAAGUGUACAAUUUUUUGUCUAAAGCACAAAGACUUUCUUUUUAAACAUUGAAAUCCUUGAUCAUUCAGGGAAAAAACUGUGAGAAAAAAUGGUGUUCUCUACAUAUUUUUUAUAUACAUGAAAUUUGUCUUUCAUACAUGUAUAGUGGUUUGGAUGGGGGUAUUGAAUCUCUUGUUCUGUUUUCAAUAACAUUUUGCAAUGUUUUUCUGUAUAAAUUUUUCUCAGAUUAUUUUUCAAUUCUUCCAUUUUUAAACUUGAUUUUUGAAGCUCAUCAAUAUUUUUGGGGUAAAACCAUAAUCAUUAUAUUUUAUUUUCCAACUAUUAGUAUCCAUUCAGUAAACUGCAGUCUAAACCCUUGUAUGUAAUAAAUUAUCCUUCAUGUGAUCCCAAAUGUCUCCUUAUUUAAUUUUUGGAGUAAUCAGGUUAUAUGGAAAUGAUUCAUGUAUUGAAAAAAAAAUGUUCUUUAUUAUAUAGAUGUUUACAGAUGCGUUUAUCAUUUACCAUGUUGAAUAAG